AUGGCGCCGCGCAACAUCACCACCCUCCUGUUCGACUGCGACAACACGCUCGUCCUGUCCGAGGAGCUCGCCUUCGAGGGCUGCGCCGACCUCAUCAACGAGAUCUGCGAGAAGCACGGCCUGCCCGAGCGCUUCACGGGCUCCACCCUGAUCAAGGAGUUCGUCGGCCAGAACUUCCGCGGCAUGAUGACGUCGCUGCAGGAGCGCUACGGCUUCACCAUGGCCGACGCCGAGCUCGAGGACUACGUGCGGCGCGAGGAGGACGUCGUCAUCGCCAAGCUCAAGGCCCACGGCCUGCCCUGCCCGGGCGUCGACGACGUGCUGGCCAAGCUCGAGAGGGAGAAGAAGUACGAGAUGGCCGUCGUGUCGUCGUCGGCGCUGCGCCGCGUCAAGGCCAGCAUCGAGAAGGUCGGCCAGGACAAGUUCUUUGGCGACUCGGUCUUCUCGGCCGCCACGAGCCUGCCCAAGCCCACGAGCAAGCCCGACCCAGCCAUCUACCUGCACGCCAUGGAGGUGCUCGGCAAGAAGGCCGACGAGUGCGUCGCCAUCGAGGACAGCAAGAGCGGCACCCUCAGCGGCGCCCGCGCCGGCAUCAAGGUCGUCGGCUACGUCGGCCCCUACGAGGACGACAAGAGGGCCGAGAUGGAGAAGGUCCUGAGGGACGCCGGCGCCGUCGUCGUCAUGCAGGACUGGGCCGAGUUUGAGUCGUGCCUGAAGCAGAUUGAGAGCGGCAGCGUCUAA